AGUCCUUCAGUCAUGUUUAUUCAACUGAGCUUGAGCAAGUUCAAGAAUGGUUCAUGUGUGGAAAUCUUGCUGCUAAAAGCUCUGGCAUGCAAGUUUUCAAGGAUGAGACUGUAUUGAACCCUAUUCAGUAAUUAUUAUGCUUUGGGAUUAAAUAAACACUGUCUAUGCAAUGCUCUAGUUUUAUUGUCUUUAAUUUAGAAAACAUCAAUAAGCUGGCGACGAGAUUUCUUAUAGGACUUGAGAGAAUGCAAUGCUUCAAUGCCUUUACCUGUAGAUUGAGUAACCGUAGCUUAGAGGGAAGCCCUUCACCUUCGGAUGUGGUUAGCACUCUUGGUGAGUGUGGUUCUAAUAUUUGAAACCAUAUUUAGCUGAUUUAGAUUGCCCUAGUAACCGACAGCCUUCCUGCGUUUUUGUUCUUUAUGCAUUAUGUACAAUUAAAUGUCAAAUCAUAAGCUUAAAGGGAUUUUUGCAGGCUGCUUCUUUGUUUCAUAUAAUCUUCAGUGAGGAGUCUGUUUGGGUUUCAGGCUUCUCACCUUGCCAGUUUCAAAAUUGGAGGAUGAUCUCAAUGGACUUUUUGAGCGAUUUUUUUAUUUUUAUGUAUUCGAUUUUUUAUGAUAUCUUUGGUUUUGUUCCUUAAACUGCCACUGUGCCCAACUGUCAGCACUCAGCAGCAGGGACAUAGUCACUAAAUCAGCCAAGUUUAAAUGGUGAUGAAGUCCAAGCUCAUCAUUUUGUUAAAUCACGGACAUGAUUUAUGAAGUUUAUUUGGGCCACCCCUUUCAGAAAAAGGUUCUUGUUAUAACGUGGAAGUACUUUCUGCAUUUACGUUGGAUUUUAGAAGCUGAGAUACAUUGGAGCAAGAAGAGGCCGUCGGUCGAGACUCGAGAGUAUUAUUGUAACGGAAAAAUACGUAUGUAUUGUUACUAAAAAUAAAAAUAAAAAUACACAUGUAUCAUAUUGAGGCAUAUUUGCCAAAUUUCAUUCAAUAAUAGUUCCAAGUAUCAGCCUGCUAUAAUCAUCAGAUUCACAACAAAUGACAAAUCUAGCUUUUCCAAUUUUAUUUGUCAACAAUAAAUGAUUUCCUCUUCUUCAAUGGAUAAAGCCAGAAUCUUUGCAAUCAUCGGCAACCAACCAGCAGUGUCUUGUAGCCGCAACGUAUAUAAUAGGGAAACAAAAUAUCUGUCACUCUCAUGCAUGCAUGGCUUUUUUUUUUUCUUUUUCUUCUUUCUAAUUCUUUAUGUCGUCCAUUCUAAUUCUUUUAGGAAUUUAUUAUAUCAUGGAUCAAGCCAGGCAUCAAAACGUUAAUCCAAACGUAUAUUCCUCCUCCGAUGGGAUAUUCAUUUAGGGCGGCAGAUUAUAUGCUUGAAGUAAAGUUAAUUAAUUCAGAAACCACAGUUCACAGACAGCACCAUGAGAUACAAAACAUUAACUUCCACAUCAACUAUGGGAUCUGCGACGCUUUUCUUAUUACAGUUGUAGCUCCAAAAUGUGGGAUAUCCUAACGAAUAUCUCUUAUUCUCGAUUUAAUUUCGUCGUUUUAUGCACCACGGCCAGCUUCAAAGUGCCUUAUCUCUAAAUCAUUAUACCAACUUUGUCAACUAUAAAAUGGUCUCAAAAUGCAGAAACUUGGUAAAACAAACACAAACCCAGAACCGGAAACACACUACUACCAUGAUGAACUACGAGAACUAUGAUCCUUCCUAUCCCGACCAGCCUGUGGUGGACCUCUACCUACAAGUUUGGGCUAAUCUCCCUGCCUUCCGGUCCAAGCCAGCCUUCGUUUGGGUCGAAGACGGCGCCGCCAUUGAUGCUAAGUCAACCCUCACGUAUGCUCAGCUCAAUGACUCGGUGCAGUGCAUUGCUUCUCAAUUGCUCGUCCCACUUCAAAGAGGUGACACUGUCGUCAUCCUCUGCUCACCGGGGCUCGAACUAGUCGAGACCAUUUUUGGGUGCCAAAGGGCUGGCCUUUUGAGCGUGCCCAUUUCCCCACCUGACCCUUCUUUCACUAAUCAAAACUUCCACCACCUUAUAAGGGCCCUCUCCCAAACGAAGCCUAAAGCUGCCAUAGCUCACCCCACUUACAUCACAAGCAUUAACCACUACAUAUCCUCCUCAUCCUCCAACAAAAAGCUUGUUCAUAUGUUGCAAAGUCUCCACUGGAUUUCCACUGUUGACAUCAAAGCUAAAGAUAGAAAGUUACAACAUUCCCAAUUGGGUCCUAAAUUUUCACCAUACAAAGGCUGCAGAGCAGAGGAUGUGUAUCUGGUUCAGUACACUUCAGGAGCAACUGGAAUCCCAAAGCCAGUGCUUGUCACAGCAGGUUCAGCUGCUCACAAUGUUAGGACAGCCAGGAAGGCCUACGAUCUUCACCCGAAUAGCGUGAUUGUUUCGUGGUUGCCUCAGUACCAUGAUUGUGGCCUCAUGUUUCUGCUGUUAACAAUUGUGUCUGGUGCAACAAGCAUCUUGACAUCACCAGCUGCGUUUGUUAAUAGGCCAAGGCUGUGGCUCGAGCUAAUAACACAGUUCAGAGCUACUUGCACUCCUGUUCCAUCGUUCGCGCUGCCGCUAGUUGUCAAGCGAGGUGGGAUUGACAAAGGCACCUCGCCUAUACAUCUAUGGAGUUUACAGAAUCUCAUUAUUAUAAACGAGCCGAUUUACAGGGACGCGGUUGAGCAAUUUGUAAAUGUGUUUAGGACUUUUGGGUUGAACCCAUCGUCCAUUUCUCCUUCUUAUGGCUUGGCAGAGAACUGCACGUUUGUUUCAACAGUUUGGAGACCAUGCGGCAAUGACGUUCCCAACAUGCCAUCAUACAACAAGCUCUUGCCAAGUGCAAGGCUCGGGCAAAACGACGACGAACUGGUGGACAUGGAUAUCAUUGUCGUGAACGAAGAGACGCAUGAAGCAGUUGAGGAUGGGAUUGAAGGAGAGAUUUGGGUUUCGUCUCCCAGCAAUGCCUCUGGUUACUUAGGCCACCCUACAAUGACUCGUGAGGUGUAUUACGGAAGGCUUAAGAACAAGGUCAGUCGGUGCUUUUUACGAACAGGUGAUAGGGGUGUUGUGAAAGGAGACGAAAGGUAUCUUUUUGUGAUGGGUCGAUGUGCGGACGUGAUAAAAAACCAUGAAGAAAUCCAUCCACAUUAUAUAGAAACAGCUGCUUAUAAUAGCAGUCCAGGGUUUCUGAGAGCGGGGUGUUCGGCUGCGUUUGAGAUUUCAAACAGAGUAGUGGUGGUUGUGGAGAUGCAGAGGAGUGAGAAAGAGAUUGGGGUUUUGAGGAAGAUAUGUGAAGGAGUGAGAAAAGGUGUGGCUGAGGAGGAGAGAGUUGAAGUUGGGAUAGUGGUUCUGGUUAGAAGUGGGAGUGUGCCUAAAACUACUUCAGGUAAAAUACAAAGAUGGGCAGCUAAAGACAAGCUCAUUGGAGGCAAAAUGAGCGUUUUGAUGGAGAUGCGGUUUGGUGAUUAUGGUGACUCUUUUUCAAGUUUUGGGACAAUAAUUGGUGAAAAUGAGGGGAAAGGUGAUUACGGGGGAGGAAGAGGAGGGAAGACAAAAGCGGUGGUAGGUGAGGAGAGAGAGGACAUCUUUCUCUCAUUCUCAUCAAACGGUCCACUUCGUCCCUCGUUGCUCUCUUUUUUGUGAGAAAGUGAAAGCCAUUUACAUCCGAAUGUCAAAGUUUGAUGAACCAGCUGCUAGCUCUUGAUUUAAACUAAACGUUUGAAGAGAUUCAAAGUUUGAUGAACCAAGUAAGAGGUUGAUGAUGAGUUUGAAUAAGUUCGAAGUAGUAUAUAUAUAUAUAU